CCCCGUUGAAGAAAAUCCACAAAACUCACCAAAACGUCCCCAGAUUUCUUCUUCAUUUUCUCAUACACUUCCCAACUUCCUCUCCCUCUCUCUCUCUCUCUCUCUCUCUCUAGACCUCUCUUUCUUUCUCUAAAAUUUGUUGCGAAAUCCCAAAUGUCUCCUGAACUUGUGAGUGCAACCACCAAGGCCACCAGCCUAGUCAAGGCCGCGAGCCUGAUGAGCAGAGCUUAUGUCACUUUCUUGGCUGGCAAUGGUGACUAUGUCAAGGGCGUGGUCGGGCUAGCCAAGGGCCUGAGGAAGGUCCACACUGCCUACCCGCUUGUCGUGGCCGUGCUUCCGGAUGUGCCGGAGGAACACCGCCAUAUGCUGGUGGCUCAGGGAUGCAUAGUCCGUGAGAUCGUGCCGGUGUACCCGCCGGAGAACCAGACCCAGUUUGCUAUGGCCUACUAUGUCAUCAACUACUCCAAGCUUCGCAUCUGGGAGUUUGUGGAGUACCAUAAGAUGAUAUACUUGGACGGAGACAUCCAGGUGUUUGAAAACAUAGAUCACCUCUUUGACAAUCCAAAUGGCUACUUUUAUGCCGUGAAGGACUGUUUUUGUGAAAAAACAUGGUCUCACACCCCACAGUACCAGAUUGGGUACUGCCAACAGUGCCCUGAUAAGGUCCAGUGGCCUGCAGAGUUGGGUCCCCGGCCUCCCCUCUACUUCAAUGCUGGCAUGUUCGUGUUCGAGCCCAGUCUCUCAAUUUAUGAUGACCUCUUAGAGACCCUCAAAAUCACCCCGCCUACCCCUUUUGCUGAGCAGGACUUUUUGAAUAUGUUCUUUAGGGAUGUUUACAAGCCUAUCCUACCAAUUUACAACCUUGUUUUGGCCAUGCUUUGGCGCCACCCAGAGAACAUUGAACUCAACAAAGUGAAAGUUGUUCACUAUUGUGCCGCGGGAUCAAAGCCAUGGAGGUAUACUGGAAAAGAAGAGAACAUGGAUAGAAAAGAUAUCAAGAUGCUAGUGAAGAGUUGGUGGGACAUAUACAAUGAUGAAUCAUUGGACUACAAGAGGACUAACAUAUCACCCAUUGAAGGUGAAGCCGACAAAGUCAUAGUGACAAUGGUGGCAGAGGCCAACGUUGGUCAUUACACUCCCGCUCCACCUGCCGCCUAGCUUUUUUUUGUGGCGAGCUAAAGACAAUAAUAAUACUGAUGCCUAAACCUAUUUUUCUAGUUUUUGGUUAUGUAUAGACAUUUUAAAGUUAUGAAAGGUGGCCUUCUAUUUUUGAAGUUGGCCUUCCUCCUAGUGGAAGAUGGUGUAAUUAGGAAAGAUAGAGAUUGCUUUUGGUUUUUGAUUAAUUUGUAUUGGUUGGGUAUGUGAAUAUCUGGAAAUGUAUAAUUGUACUUAUAUAUUUUCAUAGUUUACAAGUAUUGAAUUCACUUUC